AUGGCAGCAAUAAUAAAAGGGAAAAUACUGCAAAGGGAUUCGACUUCCAGACCGGAGUUACCCGCCGAAGAGGACUGUCCGUGCUACUCGCCAUGUCAAUCUGGACACGGCACAACAGGUCUGAUAAUUGUCCCAUAUGAAAUACAAAUACUGCAAGCGCUCGUUUUCUACUCACUACUUGCACCGGGCUUUCGCAUCACCCUUCGCGCAAAGCUAACUAAUGUGAAGGCAACCAGAGAGCAGACCAACUCUGAAAACCUUGUCGCACGUCUCCCACAAAACAUAGAGCGAGCGCCCCGCUUUACCAAGUCGCCGCAACUUGCCAUGGCAAAAGUUGACGAAUUCGACGACAGAAAAACCCAGAUCAUUGCCGAAAACGCACCGUACCAUCAGUAUGAAUAUCAGACCGAGAAAAACGAGUCAUGGGCGGGCGCUCUGCCCGUGAAGCAGUGA